CACAAAAGAAGGGGCAAAAAGCAGAUGCCACAGCGACACUCGUCUCGAUCCUUCAAUUUCAUCUACAACGUUCCUCCACCUUCCACGUGUCCCACCACGUCUUCUCUGGACGCCACGAGGCUUCCCUCGCCACCAAGUGUCGCCCACGCUCCCGAAAAUUCUGCUCAUACUUAUUAACAUUAAUUCGGGUCGGUCCCAAUCAACGAACAAUCCAUCGAGAAUUAAUCCGAUCGACGAUCCAAUGGCUAGCGACGGAAGCGAGGAGUUCAGGCUGGUUUCUCCGACGAUAAACAACGAAGGCAGGAUCCCGAGGCAUUACACGGACGAAGGACAAGGCGCCAAGAAGAACGUGUCCCCACCCUUGGAGUGGUACAACCUCCCGCAGGGCACCAAAACCCUUGCUCUCGUUGUGGAGGACGUGGAUGCUCCGGAUCCCGAGGGGCCCAUCGUUCCCUGGGUGCACUGGGUGGUGGUGAAUAUCCCGCCGACAGUGACGGGUCUGCCGGAGGGAUUCUCCGGCAAGGAGGAGGAGCUCGGUGGUGAGUAUGCUGGCAUCAAAGAAGGCAAUAAUGACUGGAAGAUCCCUGGGUGGCGUGGCCCCAGGUUGCCUAAUCAUGGACAUAGGUUCGAGUUCAGGCUUUACGCUUUGGACGAUGGGCUUCAUCUCGGUAACAAGGUAACGAAGGACAAGCUUUUGGAGGCUAUAGAAGGGCACGUGCUGGGGGAAGCGGUGUUUGUGGCUAAAUUCUGACCUCGGAUUGUAAAAAUUGAAAUAAUAUUGUGUUGAAUGCAGAGUCUUUAAUUAGAGUUUUUGUACUGAUUUUGAAAUAUGAUAUCAGUCUAACAAAUUAAUUAUUAGAUCUUAAUCUUCUCCGUUUCCAAGUUAAUUUCUUCUUUCUUAUAUAAUGAGUUAAAGUAUUC